UACUGUUAUAAUUAUAAUUACCGUCAAUGGAAUGAAUUUCUUUCAAGUUUUUGUAGUAAAAUUUAUAGCAGGAAUGUUCGAAAUGUUAGGACGAGAUAUGGCACGCAUUCAUGAAGAAAUAGAAUCAAGUUCUGCAUUUAUGAUGAAUAAACAAAAAAUUUAUAAAAUAAUCAAUAGAAAGAUUCGUGAUAAUAUUCGUAUGCACCAAGAGGCAAUAGAAUUGUUCGUAGGUUUACGAGAAGUUUCACAAAAAAAGUUUUUAAUCAUAAUAGUAAUUUUAAUCUUGGAAUUAUGUUCAACAGGAAUAUGGUUUGUGAUUGUAAUUCCGUACAAUAAAUUUUAUGCCGCAAAGAUGGCUUUUUCAAUGGUAACAGUAGUUAUGAUUCUAUUGUACUUAAUUUAUUCAAGUGAAGAUAUAAUAUAUGCCUGCAAUCAGUUGAAUAGCAUGUGUUAUGAUACUAAAUGGUACUUACUAUCAGUAAAAGAAAAACGUUUAAUUCUCUUCAUGAUUCUCCGAACUGAAAAUCCUUGCACACUCAUGGCUGGUCCUACAAUUUUCAUGAAUUAUGAAACUUUUAGCGCAAUUUUAAGAUUUACACUGUCAUAUUUGAUGGCUUUUUAUCGUAUUAUGGAACAAUCUUCAUAUCUCAAUUGAUGGGAAAAAGUCU